AUGAAGUCAUAUCUCCGCGUCCUGCGACGGGGGCCGUUUUUGGCGGAAGUCUGGUCCGAAGCCCACAAUCACAUAUACAUCAACGAUACUAGAUUAUGGUCGCUGAGCGAAGUCAUUCAAUCAAGAAAACCAAGAAGACAAAGAUCCAAUCUGUCGACCACAGCCAUACCCGAAUCACCAAAGACCGCCGAACAGAAUGCACUUCCAAACCCCAUACGCUCUCAGCCUCCUCGAGCACUCGGCGCAACCCCCGCCCUCGCCGGACAGAAAGUCGUAGCUCUCUGGGCCGCCGGAACCUGGAUCGUUGCUGGCGGGAUUGGCGGCAACGUCAACUCGUGGGACAGCACCUUUGCCCUGCUAAACGAAGAUGGCGAAUCCAUUUCCCAGGCAAACCUCAUUGACGGUUACAAGUCGUGCAUCCACGUGGGCUAG